AUGAAUGAAUUUCAAGAGAAUGAUUCAUUUGUGGUGAAGAUUGAAAAGGGUGAGAACUUGAUGGCUGCCGAUAUCAAUGGAUUUUCAGAUCCUUAUUGCAAAGUAACCCUAAAUGAUAAAUUUGAAAAGAGAACUCAAAUCAAAAAGAAAACAUUGAACCCUCAGUGGAAUGAGAUCAUUACAUUCUAUUGCAUUAAUACAAAAAAAAGCAUUCUAAAGAUAAAAAUUGAUGUUUAUGAUUGGGACUUGAUUACCGACGAUGAUUUUAUUGGAAGUUACACCCUAAUGCUUGAGAUUCAUGAUCUCACUCCCGGUGUUGAAUAUCCCAAAGAACUUCCUCUUCAAGGUGCAAAAUCUGGAACCGUCCAUAUCAAGUAUAAGUGGGUGAAAGGAGGAAAUUCACAUCAUCACGAACGAUCCACUACUACUACCCCACCUCCAUUCGCAUCUUACAAAUAUAGACCUCACAUCAGUCAUUCGAUAAGUGCUCCUUCUCUUGAAGAUCAAUCUCAUGUGACAACAGACCACUCAUUGCAUUCUAGUAAAAGCUUGAGAAGCCAUUCACACCAAGAAUAUCAAUACGAAGAGUCACCGUUCGACAAUGAGAUUAGUCAUGACACAUUCAAGAUCAUUUCAGUUUUCGGCUCACAUUUUGCUCCACAAGUUCCUUCAGAAUUUGUUUUGGUAGGGUCUAAUCGAGAUGAGGAAAAUGGUGUUUUUGUUGCGUCAUUAUUUGGAUCUGUCUCGAAGAAUAUUCUCUCAAUUACCUACAACAGAAUGCACAAGGAUGAGAACAACAAGAAUUUUAUGCACGAAGCAGAAGAGUUUAUUUCGAACUUUUUUAAAAACCUUAAACGAGAAGCUGAAGCUUGCGAAGAUGGUAUUUAUUCUCUCAAAAGUAAGGCCGUUGAUAUUACACAUGAAUACGAUGGGGAAGGAAAAUAUAACAGAGUUCUUCAAACACAGUGCAAAUCAACUGUCAAGCAAAAGACCAUGCACGUGAUUUGUUUAACUUGUAAUAUGAGUGAUCAUGUCAUGCUGAACUAUGUAUUGUUUAGCCCUAAUCAGGAACAAUUUCAAGAGAAUGCACGGAUGAAAGUACUGUUUGACAUUGCAUCGAACACUACUGCAAAUUAA